AGCCCGUCUGGGUCGGCCCGCCCCUUUUCCUUUCCGAGCCAAUCGUUAGUCAGAGGGGUGGGGCCGCUCGUCAGCUUCUGCGCGUUAAGGGGGGUCGGUAAGGGUGCUCCAGCAGCGAUGCCGGAGGUGGCGGAGAAGUGGCGGUUCCGUGUCGCCGCACUGCUGCUGCUGCCGCUGCUACUGCUCGAAGUGGCCAAGUCGUCGCGCUGGGGCAGUGCGCGUCGCUACACCCCCGACUGGCAGAGCCUGGACUCCCGGCCGCUGCCGGUCUGGUUCGAUGAGGCCAAGUUCGGGGUGUUUGUGCACUGGGGCGUGUACUCGGUGCCGGCCUGGGGCAGCGAGUGGUUCUGGUGGCACUGGCAGGGUGAGGGACUGCCCCAGUACCGGCGCUUCAUGAACGAGAACUACCCGCCCGGCUUCAGCUACCCCGAGUUCGGACCGCAGUUCACAGCGCGCUUCUUCCAACCGGAAAAGUGGGCCGACCUCUUUAUGGCCUCGGGGGCCAAGUAUGUGGUCUUCACAACAAAACAUCACGAAGGCUUCACAAACUGGCCAAGUCCUGUGUCUUGGAAUUGGAACUCUAAGGACGUGGGGCCCCAUCGUGAUUUGGUUGGUGAGUUGGGAGCAGCUGUCCGGAGUAGGAACCUGCGCUACGGCCUCUACCACUCACUCUUAGAGUGGUUCCAUCCACUCUACCAACUGGAUAAGAAAAAUGGCUUCAAAACUCAGAAUUUUGUCAAUGUAAAAACAGCUCCAGAGCUGUACCACCUUGUUAACAGGUAUGUUAACAUACAGAAACAGAAAUGUUUUCGGCCUUGUGACUUUAUCAAUGAAAUCAGAGCUCCUGUUCACUGUGCCUACUUCCAAGUAGACUCUUCUCCUAUCAAACUGCGUCUUGUGGAGGAACCAGGUGGUGUUACUCCAAUGACGCAGCCCUUCCUCCUUCAGGCUAAGGUGGUGGUAAAUGACCGAUGGGGUAGGAACACGUCCUGUCACCAUGGAGGGUUCUACAACUGUCAAGAUAAAUUCCGGCCCCAGAGCUUGCUGGACCACAAAUGGGAGAUGUGCACCAGCAUCGACAAGAACUCCUGGGGCUAUCGUCGGGACAUGAUCAUGGCGGAUAUCUUGAGUGAAUCUGAAAUCAUAUGGGAACUGGUUCAGACUGUGAGUUUGGGAGGCAACUAUCUUCUCAACAUCGCACCAACCAAAGAUGGAUUGAUCGACCCCAUCUUCCAAGAAAGGCUCCUUUCUGUUGGCAGGUGGAUGAAUGUCAACGGGGAGGCCAUCUAUUCCUCCAAACCUUGGCGGGUGCAAUUCGAAAAGAACGCCUCUGUGUGGUAUACCUCACAAGAAUUAGCUGUUUAUGCCAUUUUUUUACGUUGGCCAGAAAAUGGAAUCUUAAACAUCGUAUCCCCCGUAACUACACCAAAUACAAAAAUAUCAAUGCUCGGAAUCCAGGGGGAUCUGAAAUGGGUCGAACGCCAGGACGAAGGUCUCCUCAUCUCUCUGCCCCUGUUGCUGCCCUCUGCUCUCCCAAUGGCGUCUGCUUGGACUAUAAAGCUGGUAGGAGUGGAAUGACAGCAGGAGUUCAAGAGGCCGGGGACUCUGCCUGCUGUGUGCUGCUUUGAUUUUUUUUAAUAGUACCAUCAUUAUAAUAAAGUAAUUUCUUCCCUAUCCAGAGAUGGCUUUUCCAGAAUGUUCUAAUCCAGGAAACUGAUCACAUUACACUGGUGAUUAAUGGAUCAGAGAUCCAUUGCUAACAUUUCGCUCUCUGGUCAGCAAAAGCAGGGACUGGACAGUUAAAUCGAGAUCACCCAUUCCUAUAUUUGGGGAUUAUCUACAAUGGAAAUUUCCUUCCAUUCUUGGUUUAACCUUCCACUUACUCAGAAUUUUACAUAGAGAAUAAGCUAAGCCACUUGCUGCCUGUGGGAGGAGGCGGGCAGGGUUUGGCAAGCUCAACCACCUGGUCUUUGGCCAGCAUCAGGUGUCACCAAACUGUUUCCCAAAAGGACAGGAGAGAAAGGAAAGACUUGCCAGGCUGCUGGUGGUCGACUCUCCAGACAUUUCUGAGCAAACCAAGGGCUCUGAAGUCGAGUAUGCUUACAGUGGUACCAUUAAGAGAAAGAAUGUGAUUCUGCCCUGCUUUUUUAAAUAUGAUCAAAUAAAUUUAUAAGUCAAAUCA